GGAACUAACAGGGAGUUUGAACAUCAGAUAAGAAAUGAGCAACCUAAAUACUAUCACCUUCAUUGUAGUAGCAAUAAUCUUCUUCUUAGUAGUAAUAUUGGGCCACUACUUCUUCAGAGGAGACUUUUACCAAUAUUCAGCAAAUGAAUUGAUUCCAAGAUUGCAAUAUUAUACAAAUGGAAUAUGGUCUGGAUUCAACCACUUUAUCUAUGCAUUCGGAUGGGAAUUACUAUGGAUUAUUGUAGCUGGAUUCUAUGCUAAAUUUAACAGAGUUUCAUCCGCAUUCUUACUGACAUCGACAUGCAAGUUCAUUGCCUUUGUAUCCUUACUUAAAAUGUUUUGGAAUGAUCCUGCUCCAUAUAUGGAUAAAGAUUUUAUCCGUGCUGGCAAGUGUAACCAGGACACCUUCCAAACGCCAACCCUCGAAGUUGCUCUUCCUUCGUUUGCAUACUGCAUGAUGUUCUACCUAGCCUAUGAUUGGAUUGACAUUCGUAGACCAAGAGUAAAGAGAAAUGACAGAAACACUAUCCAAGGAGGUAAUGAUCCAACUGAUUAUGAAGAUGAGGCUCACGAGUACUUCCUUCAUGAGUCUUCUGCUUAUCAACAGAUGAAAGAAAAUGACUUUUCUUACUGGUUAAUUCUUGCUUUAAUUAUAUUCGGAGUUUUCAUGAUCGCCUUCUCCUCAAUGUAUCUCGGAAUCAAUACAAUUGAUCAAGUAUUCUAUGCUAUGUUCUUGGGUCAUGGAAUUUUCUGUGUGUCAUAUUUCUUCAUCAAAGACUGGGCUAUUGAAAGAUAUGUAUUGAUAUCAGAGCUAAUGAUUCCAGUUUCCCAGAUAGUGAUUACCGUUCUCCAACAGAUAGUAUUAAUCAUUAUCCUCAUCGUUGUUAUCAGAGUUUACUAUGGAUUCCAAGUCAGUGGAUUCACUGUGAAUCCUCACUGGAAAUCAGAGCAUGUUGAUAAAUGCAAAUUACUCCCUUUCCCAGGCUUUUUUGAUAAAGAAAUGGGCAGAGUCUACAACUUCCUUUUCCUUGAUCUUGGUGUAAUCGUUGGAAUUGCAUUUGAUUCACUCUUGCUUGGAGGAACCAGAGUUGACUAUAAUCAGCUGAGAGAGUCAGAAGACCGCAAUUCUCUUGUUGGUUUUAUUUUCAGAUACCUAAUCACAAUUGUAUGGAUAGCCUUAAGUAUCUUCGGUCUUGACUAUCUCCUCGAUAUGCUUGUUCACCAUUGGCUCUUCAUCAUCGCUAUUCCUUAUUUUGUCUGUGGAUUUGCACUCUACACAUUCAUGAAGUACAUCUUUGAACUUGUCGGAGCUACAAGGCCUGAGAUUCACCCAAUUCCAGAAAUCAAAUCAGUAGAACCCAGAAAAGCAAAUUAAAAUGAAC